AUGAGGUUACUCCUAUUUUCAAUUGCCUUACUCUAUACCAUAACAUUCUUACUCAAAUCUUAUUCAUGCCAAAACCAAGAUGAUGACAACAAAACCUUCCUAAAUGGCCACAACGCUGCUCGCCGCGAAGUCGGGGUAGAUCCAUAUACAUGGGACAAAAGGCUUGAAGCCUAUGCCCAAGACUAUGCUAACAAGGCGAAAUCUGAUUGUAACACGGACAAAGGUUCAAAGGGUCCUUAUGGGUUAAACCUUGCGUCGGGCUACGAAGCCUUGAGUAGUUGGCAAGCAAUGGAUGGAUGGGCUAAUCAAAAGUCCGAUUAUAACUACACAUCAAAUUCUUGUGCCAAAGGUAAAGAUUGCACUGCUUAUACACAAGUUGUUUGGCGUAAAUCGAUUCGCCUCGGAUGUGGCGGUGUUGCUUGUGGCGCUGGAUGGCCUUUAUAUGUAUGUGUGUAUGAUCCUGCAGGAAACAUUCCUGGCCAAAAACCUUAUUAA